AUGCCAAUACUAGCCCAAGCCAGCUAUCGUGACCGGCAGAUUUUCCAAGCUUUACAUAAUUACCCCGGGAAUUCCGAACAGUCUCGAAACUUUGAGCGACUCUUUAAGUUGCUCUACAAGCUGGGAAAGCAUGUCGCUCAAUGUAAACGUCUUGUUUUGGCUACCACCCGGCUCCACUCCGAAUUAGCACGGGGCUUUCGCAUUGAGACUAUUGACGGGUCGCCAGAGCAGAAAAUCCCUCUCGUGGUCCGUUCGUGUGGCGUACAGAAUAUAAGUCAUCGUAUAUUUUCUGAGACUGCCAAAGAGCAAAUGUUUUUGCAGCAAUUACGAGAAAUCUAUUCAGAGGAGGAAUUGAAUAGGGUACUUGCCAAGGAUCUUUGUAAGACCAAAACACGCGUGCAUGCUGAACUUCUGGUCCUCGAUCAUUUUGAGCAGUCGCAAGGCAGAUUUCUAUUUGAGCAGGACAGGUACAUUGGAUGCAGCAAACCAGCGUGCUAUCUCUGUCACUUGUUUAUUUCUAAUCAUCCGGGACGCUAUUCGCACCCUGCCUCCCACCAGAAGCUCUAUCCGGCCUGGCGACUUCCGGAUAUUCCUGUCAACGGACCCAAUGCUGCGUUGCGAUUUCAAAAUCAGAAAACCGUUCUGGAACUCAUGACUCGCGCUGUGCGACACAGCCUAGAUAAUGAUGUGUCUACUAGUGCCGGUAGACGAAUGCACCAUCCAGACUCGACAGCAGGGGGCAUCUCAACACUUAUUGACAUUGGAUCUGAUUUCAUUACACUGCCUGCCAAUGUGCCCUUCGAUGAAUUGUUAGAAAUGCUCAAUCUUCAAUCAUCUCCCAUGAAUGUCAACUCAGACUCAAUGAGUGUAUCCUUACCUUCUAGUGGGAAUUGCGCAGAAGUUGAGAGUGAUGGUGAUUUUGAAAUUGGUGGGGUGAAAUUAUAA